CAAAAAUAUUUUCAGUUCCACACGAUUUUCAUCCGGAGUUGGUUGAUCGUUUCGUCGGUGCUAUUUCGCGCGAUUGUUGUUUGAUUUUUCUUCUCCAAAUUACCGUUUUUUAAUGAAUUAGUUGCUGCUGCCUGCUCCGUUCGCGGUGAAGCACCUGUGGUGGUGUGUUUUUCGGCCAGACAGACAGUUGAAUCGCUGAUCGCUUCUUUUUUUCUAUCGCCACCCCCCGGUAUUUUCCGUGUAGCGCAUCGUCUCCAAAUGGAUGUCGAUCAUCAUCGCUUGCUUCGGUGGCGUUGAAAGGAAACAAAAAUUUUUGUCUUUAAAUCUUACAGUUGCGAAGAGAAAAAUCCCAUCGAAUGAACGGCCAAAUCCGACGACCGCAAUCCAAAGUGCAAAAAAAAACAACGUCGACGCCAAGUGCUCGUCUUCGUAGAUAAUAAGUGUGGUGUUCUGUUUUAUACGAAACAGUCUGUAGCAGUCAGCAGCAAGAGUGCUCCACUUGAACUCCGGGCCGAUUAUGAGCAGCUCAACUCGGAUUCCCAAGUUUCUUAAACCGGAUGACGAGUCCUUCUCCUCGGAACGAGACGCCGCCCCGUCCGAUGAUCACGUAACUUCGUUCGUGUUCAACGCCCACCAAUCGCUGAAUCUUGCCGCCCAACGGGAACGUCUCCCGAUUCGGCAGUACCGGGACCAGAUCCUCUACUGUCUCGAACGCUACCAGACGCUGGUGUUGGUUGGCGAGACCGGCUCCGGAAAGAGCACACAAGUACCCCAGUACCUGUACGAGUUCGGAUGGCACACCAAGGGUCUGAUCGGGGUAACGGAACCCCGUCGUAUCUCGGCUAUUACCUUGGCCGAACGUGUGGCCACCGAGCGAGGCGAGCUGUGUGGCGAAACUGUGGGCGUGGCGAUUCGAUUUGUGUCCAAAUUUGAUCCAGCAACAACCAAGAUCAAGUACAUGACCGAGGGCAUACUUCUGCGGGAAAUGUUGGCAGAUCCGUUGUUGACGCAGUACGGCGUGAUCAUUGUAGACGAGGCUCACGAACGAAGUGUCUUAACGGAUACGGCUCUGGGGCUGCUGAAAAAGAUUGCAAGGAAGCGGCCAUCGUUAAAAAUUAUCAUCUCUUCUGCAACUGUUGAUGCCGAGCUGUUUCAGGAGUUCUUCAACUUGAAAACCAAAAAAGAGGACAAGGAUAGCUCAGUGAUUUUGACCGUGGAAGGACGGAUGUAUCCGUAUGAGGUGUCCUAUCUUCAAGAGCCCUGUCCAGACUACGUGAAAGCUACAGUCGACACUGCCAUGAAAAUCCAUCGUUCCCAACAGAGAGGAGAUAUCCUUGCUUUCCUUACGGGGCAGGAAGAAGUUCUUAAAGCGUUAGAUUUGUUACGAGAACACAAAGAAGCCAGUGGGAAAGACGAUAUGAUGAUUCUACCAAUGUAUGGAACUUUACAGAACAACGAUCAGCUGAAAGUAUUCUUCAAUCCUCCUAAAGGAGUUCGAAAGAUUGUACUGGCUACGAACAUAGCUGAAACGUCUGUCACUAUUCCUGGAAUAGUUUUCGUCAUCGAUUGCGGUUUUGUCAAAUUGAAUUGGUAUUCUGCUGAUAGCACCACCAACAGCCUCGUUGUCGUUCCUACUAGUAAGGCAGCUGCCGAGCAACGAGCUGGUCGAGCAGGUCGUAUUCGCAGUGGCAAAGUGUUCCGUUUAUACACCGAAGAAGAAUGGGAUAAGUUACCGGAACAUACCCCACCAGAAAUGCGUAGAACUGAUCUCUGCAGCACGGUUCUGUUUCUAAAGGCCUUAGGGAUCGAUAAUAUUUUAAGAUUCACUUUCCCAUCACCACCGCCGGCUAAGAAUUUACUCUCAUCACUGGAGACUUUGUACGCCCUCGAGGCUCUGGACGAAGAAGGAAAUUUAACUGCACCAGUCGGUUACUUUCUGGCAGAAUUACCUUUUAGUCCGAUGCUGGCCAAGAUGUUGUACAAGGCUGGAGAAAUGGGAUGCUCCGAGGAAAUCAUAAUCAUAAUCGCAAUGUUACAAGUUCAAUCUGUUUUCUCGAAACCUAUGAGCGGACAGGGUGCAAUCAAAGCGCGUAUUGCGAAACGGAAUUUCGAGGUAGCCGAAGGUGAUCUCAUCACGUUGCUAAAUGUCUAUACCGCAUUUGUCGAAGAUGGUCGAAACAAAGAAUUUUGCGGUCGUAACUUCCUGAUCUACCGAAAUCUGAAACGGGCACACGAAAUCAAAACGCAAUUGUGUUCGAUGAUUGAGAGGGAACUCAAUGUUCCAUUGCUAUCAUGCAAUGGAAAUGUGGAAACCAUUAGUCGGUGUAUUGUGACCGGAUUUUUUCCUUACGCCGCCUAUCUGCAUCAUUCCGGGGUUUAUCGAACCGUGAGAGGCAACACCGAGUUAGCGAUCCAUCCAACAUCAGCACUGUACACCGUAGUCCAACCUCAGUGGGUAAUUUUCUGUGAACUUCUGCACACGACUAAGCUUUUCAUGAAGGACAUCACCGUAAUUAGGCAAGAAUGGUUAACGGAACUUGCUCCGCAUUAUUACCACAAAACCACGGUAAGGAAUGAAUUUUAAUAAUUUACCACCUUAAGCGAUAAAGCAUAUUUGAAAUGAGAUUGUCAUUAAAA